AUGACCGAAGCUCAAGAUAAGGGAACUUCAGCUAUCCCACGCUCAGCACUGGCGAUAUCUGUCCGUCAACGCCCAACUUGUUUCCGCUGCCCGGUGAAGUAUAACUCGCUGCACCUUGUCUCUGCUUCUAUCGGAUCUUUCAAUGAGCCCGAGGAGAAGGAUCCAGACGCCAUGUCCCAGUUUGCUUCAGACGCCCUGUUGACCCGGCUACUUUGGGAGCCCAGGAGGAAAUGCUCCUGGAAGCAUCCCGACCGAAGCAAAGGAGGACUCGCCGAGUCUGAUAGCCCGUCAGAUAUUGAUGAGCAGACCAAAACGUGGGAGUCCGACCCUCGGUCCGUGACUGCACAUCUGGCCAACAAUGAUGACGCAGAUCAUCAACCUUCGCAAAUCGAAUGUGGCAUUGGUCAUCGGGUGCAAGCCAGCCGGUCUGUACUGGCGCUGGUAGUAGAUGAGGAUUGUGUCUUUGCUGGUCUUCAAGGCGGAGAUAUAGUAGCGUGGUCUCUUGAAAACUACGAUCUUGUCCUAUCCGUUCGUGCUCAUCAAGAAAGUGUCCUGGACUUGUACCUUUCGGAAAGCGGCGAUCUCCUCUUUUCGAGUGGAGGCGAUUCUGUUGUCAACGUCUGGUCCACGCGGACAUUUGAGCGACUUUACUCUAUUCAUUCUCACCAUGAUGUUGGCGACCUCUUUGCUGUGGCGUACUCACCCCGCCUGAAAACUGUAUACUGCGGUGCUCAGAAUACCAGCAUUCAGUGGUGCAACCUGUCCCAAACGGGUGCGGCGUCUACCCAACACUCUGCCACCCAAUUGUCCAAACGGACACACCGAUUCUUCGACUCGCGAGGGCCUGAUGGCACUCGUGCUCCUCGGUCAGAUGCAAGCGCUGAAGAUGGCCAAACCUUGGAUCACGGUGGUCAGGUCCUCACCUUUAAGCGCGAUCAUCAUAACUUGUUUUCUCACCAUGGCUACGUUUACACGAUGCUCCUUGUGCGAGGAUUGCUCGAAUCGUCUCCCAACGACGAAGUCCUCUUGACUGGCGCAGGUGAUGGAGUUGUCAAACUCUGGCGUCUAGAGCAAGGGAAACCUGAUGUAGCUCCAAUCCAGAUGGCAAAGUUACAGAACAAUGAUUCUGUACUUUCUGUUGCAGUUGACGGCUCAUUCCUUUACUGUGGUCUCGCCGGAGGCGCCUUGAAUAUUUGGAAUCUGGAUUCCCACCAGCUUGUGAAGCGAAUCACUGCGCAUACUGGCGAUCUCUGGGCAGUGGAUAUAAUUCACGGCAUGGCCGUGUGUGGAGAUUCGAACGGAAUUGUCAAGAAGUUCAACUCACGUUUCGAAGAGGUCGGCAGCUGGACUGCUCAUGAAGGCACCAUGUUAGCUUCCGCUGCUGGCAAAUUCAGAGAUAGACAUAUCUAUGCUACCGGAGGUAACGACAAUACCGUGGGAAUCUGGGAUUUGACAGACGUUACUUCGACUGAGCUGCCCCCGAUUAACAACGAUGAGAUGGUGAGUUGCCUCGCAAAGCUCGUUGCUUUCAAAACCAUAUCCGCUAGUCCCAAGUUCGCCGGCGAGUGCAAUCAAGGUGCAGCCUUUCUUCGCCGGCACUGUAUCUAUCUGGGAGCAAAGACAAAGCUUUUGACCACCGGGGAGGACACGAACCCUAUCGUCUUUGCUCGCUUUAGUGCGACAUCUCCCAACAAGGUCGACAAAACUCUCCUUUUCUAUGGACAUUACGACGUUGUUAGCGCGGAUGCCAACCGGCAAAAGUGGAAAACAGACCCCUACCAGCUAACCUCUAUGGACGGUUUCUUGUACGGCCGUGGUGUGUCUGAUAACAAGGGCCCAAUUCUCGCUGCUCUCUACGCUGCCGCAGAUCUCGCCCGGCAGAAGAACCUCCAGUGCGACAUUGUUUUUCUCAUUGAGGGAGAGGAAGAGUCCGGCUCUCAAGGCUUCCAUGAGACGGUCCGGAAACACAAGCAACAAAUCGGGCCCGUCGACUGGAUAUUGCUGGCGAACAGCUAUUGGUUGGAUGAUUACAAUCCGUGUCUUACCUACGGGCAACGUGGUGUUGUCCACGCAAAUCUGAUCGUCACUAGCGACCACCCCGAUCUUCACAGCGGUAUCGACGGUAGUUCGCUGCUUGAUGAGCCAUUGAAGGACUUGACCAUGCUGCUUGGUACUCUUCUUGGCCCUAAGGGAAAGAUCAACCUCCCCGGUUUCCAAGACCUCGUGCUGCCAUUGACGGACGCCGAGAGAGAGCGGUACGGUGCGAUUGCAGAAAUUCUGCUCAAACGACACCCCCAAAUCAAGGACGGCGAAGCUUUGAUUGACUCGCUCAUGCACAGAUGGCGCGAGCCAUCCCUCACAAUCCACUCUGUCGAAGUGCCAGGAAGCAGCAAAAGCACAACAACGACCAUCUCCCGCAAAGCAAAAGCCAGUCUCUCAAUCCGUCUCGUACCAAACCAACAAGCCGACGAUAUCGCUGCGGCCUUGACCCUCUACGCACAAGAACAAUUCGACCGCCUCGAGUCACAGAACGACCUCACCGUCGAAAUCACGGGGACAUCGGACCCCUGGCUUGGCGACCCGGACAAUGAGAUCUUCGAAACCCUCGCCGAAGCCAUCACAGCCGCCUGGGCACCCGACAACCGGAGCCAAAAACAGUUUCCGCCGCGCCCUGUCGCGGACCGCACGACUAGUCCUCUGGGUUCUAAGGAGGACCGCACGACGCUCCUUCGCCGCCAGGAUUCCGAAGACAGUUUGGCUUCCCACAUUGAUCGGAUCAUCAUGUCUACGACUACGUCCAAGACAACCACACACAAACGGUCUUCGCCUAGUAUGACCGUGCCUACUUCGUCUACUCUGACCGGACAAUCAGGCAAGCGCACCGCGAACUCCUCCGCGGCGUCAUCGCCGCCUCCAGGCGUGUCCGUUCCAUCCUCAACACCACCGCCAGAGACUACGCGAGAGAAAGUCGGAGUUCGACCUAUUUAUAUUCGUGAGGGUGGUUCGAUCCCGACGAUUAGGUUCCUGGAGAAAGAGUUCUCGGCGCCGGCCGCUAACCUUCCCUGUGGACAGGCGAGUGACAAUGCGCAUUUGUACAAUGAACGGUUGAGGGUGGAGAAUUUGUAUAAAAGUCGGGAGAUUUUCAGCUAUGUAUUUUCACGGUUGCCGGAGAAGGCGUGA